ACAUCAAACACCGGGCGUGUUGCUUCCGCAUUGGUCUUUGGAAGAUUGUCUGAUCAUUUGGAGGAGACAUUCGUGUUGACUGGCCAGAGUCCACGGAUACUGGAUUACUAAUCAAUAACACUUUGAAAACUGCUUGACGAUGCCAGAGACAUUCAGCUUUGGUGUAGAUCCAGUCACUACUCAUGCUUGGAACAGGGAUCGCUCGGAGGUUGCUGUGUCCCUCAAUAAUCAUGAGGUGAAGGUAUACAAGAAGACGGGCAUCACUUACAAUAACACUGCCACCCUGCAAGAACAUGGUCAGCGAGUCACUAGUAUCGACUGGGCACAAAAAAGUAACAGCAUAGUCACGUGUGGUGCUGACAGGAAUGCCUAUGUUUGGACUCUCCAAGGUAAUGGUCAAUGGAAGCCAGUCCUUGUCAUCUUAAGAAUCAACCGUGCUGCAACCUGUGUACGCUGGUCACCAGAUGAGAACAAAUUUGCAGUUGGGAGUGGUGCUCGUAUCAUCUCCAUUUGCUACUUCGAAGAAGAAAAUAAGUGGUGGGUCAGUAAACACAUCAAGAAGCCAAUACGAUCAACUGUUACAUGCAUUGACUGGCAUCCAAACAACAUUUUGUUGGCAGCAGGCUCCACUGACUUCAAGGCAAGAGUUUUCUCAGGUUACAUCAAGGACGUAGAACAGAAACCAUCUGCCACUGCCUGGGGAGCCAAGAUGACUCUCGGAAAUCUCAUGUGUGAAUACUCCAACGGUGGAGGUGGGUGGGUACAUAAUGUGUCCUUCUCCCCAAGUGGAGAGAAGCUGGCGUGGGUAGGACAUGAUGCUAGUGUGUCUGUCGCCAUGGCCGGUGGUGACAAAAUUGCUGUUGUAAAAGGAAACUUCCUGCCUUUCAUGAGUAUGACUUGGGUGACGGAGAACAGCAUGGUUUGUGUGGGUUACGAUUGCUGCCCAAAACUUUUCAGCCACAGUGACGAUGGACAAGUAACCUUCAUCACCGACCUUGACAUUCCACAGGAGAAGGACCAAAUGACAAUGAGUGCCAUGAAUCGUUUCCGUCAGAUGGACAAGACAGGAACAGCAGAAAACACAGGGGAAAUAAAAACCAAGCAUCAAAACACCAUUACCAAAGUGUCGGUGUUUGCCGGAACUAAGGCAGACUGUACCAAGUUCUCUACCUCAGGAGCAGAUGGCCAAAUGAUCAUUUGGGACUUUAAAUCCCUGGAAAAGAGUGUUUCUGGUCUCAGGAUAGCCUAGACAUCUUUAUACCACAAGUCUUUCACAAGGACGUGUAUCGCUGUAUAAUCUUCUCAGAUCUCCACCAGUAUACAGACGGAUGGGCUCACAGAAUUAACAUUUCCAUAUCAUAGCAAAGGAAA